GCUGGGGCAGGUAAACAAAUUGACAUACCGGUGGAUCACGCAUUAGACUCAUUCUUCAUUCCUUACACGCACAUCUGUCGGAUAUAAGACGGGAUGAUGAAAUGCUACACUUCAUUCUGGUUUGAAAGCCGCCAAUCUUAUGAGAAACUGUUUGAUUUUACUCAAUAGGUCCUAUGUGGUACAUACUACGGACCAAAAGUGCUUUCAGGCAAAAUCUGACAUGCCUAAGAUCAUCAGGGGAAAUGGACUCAAGAAUAAAAAGAUGGGUUUGAUAAAGUGGAGUCAGUAGAUUUUUCCCCCAAAUAAACCAAUGAUUAAUGUACAGCACUAAUAGCACAUAUCCCGGUCAAAGAGCAACAACCAUGGCCACCAAGAACCAUUACAACAAUGUAAACCACUCUGAGGAAGAUGAUAAUUACAGUGAGGAUUUUGUUGUGGAUGAGGAACAUAAUCAGCCAGCAAAGCCAAAACAGUUUCCAACCAUAAGAACCAGAGGUUAUGGCAAAGGAAAAAGUCAUGGUAGGGGAGGGAGGAGAGUUGGAGGUGGCAAUCAAAGUCGAGCAGCAUCAGACUCUGGUAAGGAUGUGGUGACCAAGCGCCUGUUAUCAGCAAGCCAUCAAAAAAUCAAGGAUCUGCAAAAUGAGGUAGAAGACCUGCGCAGGCAGAUGAAGAUUAUCAUCGAGGAAAACAAGCUGUACAAGCGUCUUCAGCACAAGCAGGAGAAAGCUUUAGAAAAGUUUGAAGAUCGAGAGAAUGAGCUCCCUCAGUUGAUUCAAGCUCACAACAAUGAAGUGAGAACAAUCAAAGAACAGCUUCGCCGAACUCGUGAGAAGUAUGAAAAGACAGAUCGCUACCUCAGAGAUGCAGAAGAUGAACUAGAGAAAGCAAAAGCACGCAUGAAAAAAUACAAAGAUCUAGCUGACCAGCAGGAACUGGCUGAGCGAAGUGAGCUCAGAAAUAAUCUGAAUGAUGCAGAACUGAAAAUUGAAGAAAAAGAUGUCAAAAUUAAAGAACUGGAACGGUAUAUUGAGAACUUGAAGAAGAAUCAUCGCCAUGAACUGGGAAUAGAGAGAGCCCGAUCCAAAGAAACUCAGCACCAGCUGGAGAAUGCGCAAGCUUUUAACAAAAAAUUAGAGGAACAAGUUAAGGAAAAAGAGAAGGUGUUAGAACUGAGAAACAUCUACAGUAAUCGUCUUCUUCAUCCAUCAUCAUACAGUGGUACUCCUCAAGACUCACCCCCACUCUGGAAGCAAGCUUUGAAGAAAAGAGCACCAUCUUUAACAGAUGUGAACCCUAGAGAAAAAGCUAAAGCAUACGAAGAAAAAAGAAAGGUUGAAGAAAAAAAGAAAAAGGUCAAGAAUGUGAAAAUGCACAAAUGGGAAGACAGUGCCAUAAAAAAAGGUUCAGAAAUCAAAGAAAGUCAGGCCUCCUUCAACAGCCUCCCUCACCAGGAUAGCGAAGAUGACUUCUGGAAGCGUCAGGAAGAAGAAUACAAGCAGCAAAGGGAUCAAGAGAGUGGUGAAAAAGAGAGAGAACGGGAGGAAGCGAAAAGAAAAAAUGAAGAAAAAGAACGAGAGCAAUUUCUCCGUAACAGAGAAAAGAUGAAGCGAGACUUAGAAGACAGAGAAAAGGCAGAAAGAAUAAGGCGGGAAGAAGAUGCGAAAGAAAGGAGGGAGCAUGAAAGGGCUAGGAUGGAACAAGAAGAGCGGGAACAGAGAGAGAGGGAGAGAAGAGAAAAUGAACAAGAACGAGAAAGGAGGGCCAGAGCAGAUAAAGAGAAAAGGGCAAAGGAAGAAAGAGAGCGGCUUGAUAACGAUCCCAGGCUUGCAGAGGAAAGGCGAAAGAAAGAUGAACUUCUCCGUCGGCUGAAACAGCUCGAUGCCAGCAAAGAGAACUCGCAGCCUCAAGAUCCUUUUGCUCCUGUCCACACUGACAAGGCUACCACAGUACAUGGUGGAGGGGACACAGCUGUCAAUACAUUAUUUGCCACAUCCUCAAGUAGCUCUUUGGGAAAGAAACAGCAAAGAGAUCCGUUCUUGAACACCAUGGCAGACAACAGCGAGUAUAAUCUUAACAACAAAAAGGACUAUGCCUUCACACGCCCCAUUGAGAACCUACACAAAGGUAGGCCCUCACACGGUGAUGUGUCUGUGCCAUACCUGGAAAAGCAGCGCAGGUCCAAGGCCGAAAAGGAGGACUUAGAAACUGGAGGCUAUCAACCAUCAUAUUCUACAACCAAAAGUGGUAAGAUGCACAAAAAACCCAUGUCUCUGUUUGAAGAUGACAGCAGCAGCAAAGCGUCAUCAACCCCAGUAGACAAAAAGUCCAAGCUCAUGGCCGACUUGUUUGGUCCUGAGGCAGCUGCAACUCACUCCAAAAGAAAUGACAGUGAUGAUAUGUUCCUCACCAGUAAGCUCCCCUUGCAACCAACACACUCAAAGCAAAGUUCAGGAUUCCCAUGGGAUGAUGACAAAAGUUCUUCUAAAGCCAUGGCAGCACAGCUGAAUCACCGGGAGUCCAGUGUUCUCUUUGGAGGAGGGGCUGCUCUUGUUGAUGAUGAUUCUGCUGCAAAUAAUUCCUCAGCAGUCUUAUUGCCAAGACGACAGAGGCAGCAGUCAACUGCUUUCAGUUCCAAACCAGCAGUCACAGCAAUUGAUAAUAUAGAUGAUGAUAUCGAAGAAGUUAUUCUUUGAUUACAGCUGUGAUUUCUGUAAUAGGUAUAAACUGGGAUGUGUGCAGGUGAAUACUUCAGAAAGGAUCUGUUUUGUGGUCGAAAGUAAUCAGGGUACAUUCUGUUUGGGCAUAAUUUCUUUUGCUGUGAUGUCACAAAUUGGACAGUGCAUGUCCACAACAUCGUUUUUUUUCUUUUUUGUCAUAAUCAGAACCUCUUCCAGCCAACUUCACUUACUAGGUGUGGUGAGGGAGAGGAUAAUUCUGUAGAGUGGCUUAUCAUCCUGCUCUGCAGCUAACUCAGAUGAAGCAAAAGCUUACAUGAUCGCUGUUACUUGAAGGAGCUAGUCUACCCAUAUCCCACAGACAGGUCUCUGAAGAUAGUGUUCAUCACAGCUGUGCCUCAUGAAUGUGGAGUAAAACCCUUGUGCUUCUUUAAACAACUGGCAAGUGUCAAGUAUGUAUUUAGGAAUACUGUACAGGAUAAAUUGACUCCAUAGUGACUUAAUAGUUCUCACAUUGAGAGGGAAACAGUGUACUUUACCAGCUAAAUAGUACUUGGUUUUUUUUAAGUCUGGCUGAAAACUUUGGGAAACGCAUGCUUCUCAUCUAUAUCUGUCCGUAACUUUAGCUUCAUUUCAAGUGUCGUAAUAACAGCACUUUGAACGUUUGUGUGCAUCAUGAUCUGAGCUUACAAAGUUUAUUCCUCACUGUGAUGCACAGCCUUUAUGUUGGAAUUUCCUUUAGCAAGUUUAAGGUGUGUCUUACAGUUGUGUUGCUGCAGUCAUGUGGUCAGAAAGGACAAUAAGAAUAUCACAAACAUAAUAUAUGCUAAUGUUAGGAAGUAAAAGCAAAUAGUUGGAUACUUCAAAGGAUUUAGUUUAACAUGGGUCAGGUUGCAUUAGAAAACUUCUUACCUCUGAAAUACAUCAUACAGCAAUGUAAAUAUGCACAAAGACUCACCAUAUAUGUAAUAAUAGAGAGGACAGAAACUAUACCACAGAUAGAAAUAGCUGAUCAUCAAAAUCACUAAAUAGCAGGACAUAUAUCAAAAGACCUCUUGUCUUGUUUAAAUUUCACAGUUUUUAACUGGUAUCAAUGCACUCAAGUAAUAAAUGUUAUCAGUGACUAAUAUUUGAUACUCAGUUCAUGUAAAAUGACAUGUCCUAGUAAAAAUGUCUUACUGAGCUAGUUUCAAGGACAGUGAUACAGAUCCUUUGUUAGUUCCUAGAUCUUAAAAAUCCUGAUAAUUUACAAUGAGUGGUAGGAACUCUUCUUUCAUAUAUAACUGAUUGUAUUUAAACAGACAUGUUUCUUCUAACCUGUUAAUAUUAGUUCAGAUGCUGAGACAAGUCUGCAGAGAAAGAGAUAAUUUAUUCUAUUGUCACUUAAGUUUUUGUAUUUAAUAUUCCUGCAUAACCUAUUUUGUUGGUGAUGUGCUGUGGUCAUGAUAAAACUUCAAUAAUGUAAUUAUAACUCAAUUGCAAUAUCAUUGAACACGAACAUUUUUAGAAAUUGAUCACCUUUUUCUCAGAUUUAUUCUGUCCAAUAAAACAAAAGUUUGCAAAAUUGUAAUGCUGACAGACAUAAGAAGAAUGAUGACAUUCAUUAGUGUUAUUAUACAAUAGAUGAGUCUUUCUUCUUUUUUUUUUGGAAAGCCUAAAGUUGUUUUAAACUAUAGAAAGGUGGUAGGAAUACUAAAGGCAAUGUUUAUCUUGGUAAAUAAAGUAGAUAAAUUUAUGCAAUCUUGUCUUCUGUUUUUUCUAUGUUUUAAAAUGUUUUCAUAAGUUUACAAGUUCAUGCAACACAAGGUGUGAAUUUACAGUCCAUGGGAACCCUAUAACUGUUCCCUUGUUAAAUUUGCUUACAACAAGGUAUUUUUCCAUGCUGCACUAAAGUUUAAUUAUUGGUGGUGGUUAACAGAACAAGUCCAUUUUGUCCAUCCAGUACUGCGAGGAAUUCCAUCAUUCAGUGACUAAUAACAAGAUGUCAGAUUUCUCUGUAAUUUUGUUAAUCAUGAUGCUUUCAUAUAGUUUGCAACAUUUGUAAAUAAUUAAAAUUUUUAUUUUAGAAAAUCCAUGAAACAUUUUGAUAAACUUUACAUUCAUGUUAUUGCAUCAGCAGUUUUCUUUCUUUGUAGGUUUUCGGGAAUCUCAAAUUUCCACAAUCUUUAAUGUCUCUUCAUGACACACACAAAACCGUCUACAUGGUCUUCCAUUAGCAAAUAAAUUUUGCCAGAUAUUUUUAUUUGAUAAUGCUUGGUCAAAAACAAGUUAAAUGAGUUAGUAUGCUUAAGUUUUUUGCCUUUUUACCUUUCUCUUUAGUUCUUAAAAUUGAUUUAGAUGUAGUUUUUCAAUCUGACAUUGUUGAUACAAUUAUGAAUCUAGGUAUACAUAUAUUCUUUUGUGCUUAUUGAAUGUGUUACAGGUGUACGAGAUAUUAAAAUACAUGCAUAAACAGUAGAGGUGCAAGAUAAAGCAGAUAAUUCUAAUAUUCACUUUCUAAAUUUUUAACAUGAAUAAUACUGCCUAUAGAGCAUGGUUAAGUCAAUAAAAAAACUGGAAAUAAGA